GUUACGGAAAGUGAAGUGUUUCCGGCUCCGGUGUGAUGGCCGGCUCCUACCCUGAAGGUGCACCUGCAGUCCUCGCCGAUAAGAGGCAGCAGUUCGGAAGCCGGUUCCUGAGCGAUCCGGCGCGCGUCUUCCACCACAAUGCCUGGGACAAUGUGGAGUGGUCGGAAGAGCAAGCCGCGGCGGCGGAGAGAAAAGUCCAGGAGAACAGUAUCCAGCGGGUGUGCCAGGAGAAACAAGUUGAUUAUGAGAUCAAUGCCCACAAAUACUGGAAUGACUUCUACAAAAUCCACGAAAAUGGGUUUUUCAAGGAUAGACAUUGGCUUUUUACCGAAUUCCCUGAGCUGGCACCUAGCCAAAAUCAAAAUCAUUUGAAGGAUUGGUUCUUGGAAAACAAGAGUGAAGUAUGUGAAUGUAGAAACAAUGAGGAUGGACCUGGUUUAAUAAUGGAAGAACAGCACAAGUGUUCUUUGAAGAGCCUUGAACAUAAAACACAGACACCUCCUGUGGAGGAGAAUGUAACGCAGAAAAUUAGUGACCUGGAAAUUUGUGCUGAUGAGUUUCCUGGAUCCUCAGCCACCUACCGAAUACUGGAGGUUGGCUGUGGUGUGGGAAACACAGUCUUUCCAAUUUUACAAACGAACAAUGACCCAGGACUCUUUGUUUAUUGCUGUGAUUUUUCUUCCACAGCUAUAGAACUGGUCCAGACAAAUUCAGAAUAUGAUCCUUCUCGGUGUUUUGCCUUUGUUCACGACCUGUGUGAUGAAGAGAAGAGUUACCCAGUGCCCAAGGGCAGUCUUGAUAUUAUCAUUCUCAUAUUUGUUCUUUCAGCAAUUGUUCCAGACAAGAUGCAGAAGGCUAUCAACAGGCUGAGCAGGCUUCUGAAACCUGGGGGGAUGGUACUUCUGCGAGAUUACGGCCGCUAUGACAUGGCUCAGCUUCGGUUUAAAAAAGAUGGAGUUUUGCCCUUGUUGCCCAGGCUGGAGUGCAAUGGCGCGAUCUCGGCUCACUGCAACCUCUGCCUCCUGGGUCCACCCACCUUGGCCUCCCAAAAUGCUGGAAUUACAGGUCAGUGUCUAUCUGGAAAUUUCUACGUGAGAGGUGAUGGAACCAGAGUUUACUUCUUCACACAAGAGGAACCGGACAUGCUUUUCACCACUGCUGGACUGGAAAAAGUUCAGAACCUGGUGGACCACCGACUGCAGGUGAACCGAGGGAAGCAACUGACAAUGUACCGGGUUUGGAUUCAGUGCAAAUACUGCAAGCCCCUUCUGUCCAGCACCAGCUAAGAGGCACCUGCUGCCAACACGAUGCAAGCCCGUUGUGUUUCCGAGCUUUUUUUAAAAAAAAUUUGUAGCACCGGGCAUGGUGCAUGCCUGUAAUCCCAGCCACUCAGAAGGCUGAGGCAGGGAGGAUCCAUUGAGCCCAGGAGUCCAGCCUGGGCAAAAGAGCGAGAGACCCUGUAUCUGAAAGUAAUAAUAAAAUAAAAAGAAUAUAAAUGAGGUCUCGUUGAUGCUGGACAAUUCAAGAAUUCAGACUUGAACCUUAAACCUAGGAAAAGUUACUUUGUAUCAGGAUUCUAACAAUUAUGCUUCAUAUUUGUGAAGUCCUUUAAAACAUAAUUUUCUCAAGUUCUUUCUUUGAGACCUCAAUCUGUCUUAGCAUUUUGUAACUAAUAACUGAAAUUUUAUUCAAAGGAAUUGUAAACCUUAAACCACCAAUUUAUUUCCAUGUGAAAAAGUGUUAUAUAUGACAAAUGUUUUUUGAUUGUAAUUGCGUUAAAUCUUUUGAGAGUGUAAAUGCCGGGCUAGGCAAUUGCAGUUAAUACAUACAGGGGUUAGUGAAGGGCUUAUUAAGUUGUAGGGGAAGCAAGCUGGGAAGAAUCAGAUGAGAUAUUUUCCUGAUAAAAAAAAAAAACGACCCUGUAGACAGCAUCAAAAUGUGUUGUUCUUGUUAAGUAAUUGAUCGUGGUCUUGUCUUUAAUCUUAGUUCCGCCAGGCGCGGUGGCUCACACCUGUAAUCCCAGCACUUUGGGAGGUGGAGGCGAGCGUACUGCUUGAGCCGUUCGAGACCAGCCUGGGCAAAGUGGUGAAACCCCGUCUCUACAUAAACACAAAAAUUAGCCAGACGUGGUGGCAUGUGCCUGUAAUCCCAGCUACUUGGGAGGCUGAGGCAGGAGGAUUGCUUGAGCCCAGAGGUCAAGACUGCAGUGAGCCAGGAUUGGAACACUGCACUCCAGCCUGGGUGACAGAGCGAGACCCUGUCUCAAAAAAAAUUACCCAGUCCCAGGCAUUCUGUCAUAACAGCACCUACAGACUAAGUAUGGCUUAAUGGUGAGAAGUACUUUUUUUGAACCAGAUAGGCUUGGUUCAGAUCUUGGCUUUGCUUCCUAAUGACUGUGUGACCUUGAAUGAGUUUAUUGAUCUUCUCUUAUGCUUUCCUCAUCUAUAAGUGAGUAAUAAGAGCAGCUACCUCACAAGGUAGGGCAACCAUAACAGAUACCACAGACUGUGUGGCUUAAACAACAGAAAUUUAUUUUCUUAUAGUUCUGAAGGCUAGAAGUGCAAUAGCAAGGUGUCAGCAGGUUUGGUUUCUUCUGAGGCCUUCCUCCUUGGCUUGCAGAUGUCUGCCUCCUUCCUGUGGCCUCAUAUUGUAGUCCCUCUGUGUGCAUACCUGUCUGUGCGUACUCACUUGCUCUCUCAUUCUUUGCCCUGAUCUCCUCUCAUAAGAAUACCAGUUUUAUUGGAUUUACGCUUCUAUCUCCAAAUACACUAAAGUACUGGAGAUUAGGGCUUCAACAUAGGAAUUUUGGGAGGACACAGUUCAGCUCAUAACAGGUUGUUAUGAGGGUUAAAUGCCCUGAUAUACCUGGCCCUAGCAAAUGCUACCUAAGUGUUGGUUAUCAUUAUUAUUACUUUACGAUAAUAAGUAAUACAUAAAACCCCAAAAACUUUAGAGAAAUCUUUUUUAUUUCAGAGUAAUUAGAGAUUGGCAGGAAGUUGCACAAAAUGUAUAGGAAGGUUCUGUUCAUGCACCGUGCAUCUCUCCUCAUGUAUAAUUCUAGUACAUUAUUAAAACCAAAAAAUUGACAUUGGUACAAUCCAUAGGACUAAUUCACAUUUCAAGUUAUAAAUGAAUCAUUUGUGUGUGUGUAUUACACUUCUAGGCAAUUUUAUCACAUGUGUAGCUUGUAACCACUACGGUCAAAAUACAGAACUGCUUCAUCACAA